GCUCGCAGUCUGCUAAGGCAUCAUUCGAUUAAUUAAAAUUAGUGAGAAUACAUACAUACCCUUAAAAAUGAGUAAAUUACGGCUCCUAUCGAUUGUCUUGCUCUCCGCGAUAUCCGAAUCGUGGGGGCAAGUUAUUCCAGCUAACAUCAUCUUUUACCGAAGUGACGGCCAGUCGUAUCCCACGGGGGGCUUACUCCCUUUAGAGGUACCUGACAUGAGUAUGGCGACAGAGUUAGUAACCUUUCUAACCCCACCAGCCGGAGUGACCAUUAUUGCGUGUGCCACAGGGAUAUGGAGAUUCUUUCCCCUCCCUACUUAUGAAGUUGUCAACCCCUCCGUGAUGGGAUAUCAACUCGGGGCGAAUGAUAAGGAGAUAUGUUACAAUGUUGGGACCGGAAUCGAACUCAGGGGCUCACGUUCAUAUCGAAGUAUUAGCGAACAAGAUUUGAAUCUGGACGCUAUUCACAUCUUUACCGAAACUUACGGGGGUGGAAGCAGAAAAACCUUGCCCCCAUACGCAACCGAUGGGGAAGAUGUAGAAGCCAAUAUCCCCUCACUUUUCGGCAACGUCAGAUCCUUCGCCAUCACGGGAGCUCAGCCGUCUACCCCAGACGCUACUGGCGGAAAUACACCGGUUAUCAAAAUCAUGUCAGACCCCUUAGGAAAUCCGGCCAACGGAGCGGUCUGUUUUAUUCUCAACGGGCAAAUUAGUGCUACGGAAAUUGGACGGAUGCAUUUUCAACAGGUCAUGAGAUACGUUGAUGACGCUGAUGGAUUGACAAAAGAACUAACGAUGGGAAGUUUUCGCCAUUUUACGCUCGAUUUGGAGGGCGCUGCUCCUACGGAUUGUCCAGUAAGGUCCACAGUCGGCCAGCUGAGGACACCAGCGUUUGGAAUUCCGCAGAUGUUUGAGAGGGUGGAGAAUUUUAAGAAAUUUGAUUAGUUUUCAUGCUAUGGAAAUUUUAAACAAAAUUGUAUGCAGUUUUUAUUGUACAUGAUUGGGGUUAGAAAGUUUGUAAUAAAGUUGAAUUGCCAAAUUUCGAAAUAAAAAUAUUUCGUUUA